AUGGAUCGAAGUUGGAUGCAUGAGAAACAAACUACAUUCAAAUAUAUGCAAGGAAUUCAAGAGUUCAUACAAUAUGCUGAAGAAAAUAGGAGUAAAAAGGCGGAAGACUUUAUUGUGUGCCCGUGUUGUGAUUGUAAAAAUUUUAGAAGAUAUCCUAGUUCUGAUGAAGUGAAGAUCCAUUUGAUACGGCGUGGUUUUAAGGAAGGAUACGAUCGAUGGAUAUGGCAUGGUGAAAGCUUAAUUCUAAGUACAAGCGCUAGUAAGGAAGCUCAAUUAGAUAGUGAAACUCAUGUAGACUGUGAAACUCAGGCAAAUAGACAAACUCAUGAAGAUAAUGAGGGGAAUAAUGAAACUCGUGCUACCGAAAAUGAGGGCGAUGAAGAUAAUGACCGAAUAGAUGAAAUGAUGCGUGAUGUGCAGGGAGAUUUUAGUGAAAUGCCUCCUGAAUUUAAAAGUUUGUUUGACAAUGCAGAAAAACCUUUGUUCUCUGCAUACACUAAAUUUUCUAAGUUAUCUGCUGUGCUUAAAUUAUACAAUGUAAAAGAACGAAAUGGAUGGAGUGAUAAGAGUUUCACGGAACUAUUAGAACUACUAAAAGACAUGAUUCCUAGUGAUAAUGAGCUUCCUAAUUCAACUUAUGAAGCAAAAAAAUUGUUGUGUCCGUUGAGUGUGGACAUUGAAAGGAUACAUGCAUGUUCAAAUGAUUGUAUAUUGUAUUGGAAAGAAUACAAAGACUUGCAUGUGUGUCCAAAGUGUGGGACAUCACGUUAUAAAAAGAAAGAUGUUGAUGAUGUGUGUGAGAAUAAGAAAGGUCCCCCAGCCAAAGUAUUAUGGUAUUUACCAGUAAUACCAAGAUUUAAACGCAUGUUUGCUAAUCCAAGAGAGGCAAAAAAUUUGCAAUGGCAUGCUAUUGGAAGAAAAGAAGAUGGAAAACUGAGGCAUCCAGCUGAUUCACCUCAAUGGAGGAAUAUUGAUAGGAGUCGACAUAGUACUUGGCCAGUUCUUUUAGUAGUCUACAAUCUUCCACCUUGGUUGUGUAUGAAACGGAAGUACAUCAUGUUGUCGUUGUUGAUAUCAGGGCCUAAACAACCAGGCAAUGACAUAGAUGUAUAUCUAGCGCCGCUUAUUGAGGAUUUAAAGAUGCUGUGGAAUGAAGGUGUGCAGGUGUAUGAUGCUUAUACACGAAGCAACUUUACGUUACGUGCAAUGAUCUUUUGCACAAUAAAUGAUUUCCCAGCAUACGGUAACCUAUCAGGUUAUACUACUAAAGGAGCUAAGGCAUGUCCUAUUUGA